CAUAUUUUUCUGUCUAGAUCUAAUUUUUAUUCAUGUCUAUAAAUAUGUCUGCGGGUGUUUAAAAAAAAAAACAGCACAGGACAGUACAGUUGUGAAAGGUAUUUUAAAAACGCUUUUGAGACAGUGCAGUUAUGUGAAAGGUAUUUUAAAGCUUAUGCAUUUAGUGGCUAAUGGUUAAUGUUCUUUUACAAACACAGCUCCAAAACCUUCCAUGGGGUCCUUGGAAAUGAGUGGGAUAUGCAAGAUACAGAAGACUCAAGACCAUAUCCACAGCCCAACCCAAGACUUCCUCUCCACAUCGCUGACAAUGGGAACGCAUGACCAAGGCAAGGACCCCUCCCAGUACAGCACUGUGGAAACACACCCUGCUUUAAAGAGUCAAGUCCAGAAACAAUGUAUCCUGCGCAGUCCAGUCUCAGAUAAGGACAUGAUCCUGCGCAGUGCAGUCUCAGAUAAGGACAUGACCACCAAACAGGCUGUCAACGGGAAAGAGCGUACAAAAAACAAGGUCUCAUUUUUAGAUGGUAAUAAAGGGAAAGGUGAAGGUGCUGUUGAGGACACAACGAUGCAGUGCUUCUACAGUCAUGGUAUGAAAAUGUUCCCAAACGGGGAGAAAGACUGCCGAGUGAUGGGAGAGAUUGCUUUCCAGUUGGAGAGGAGGAUCUUGGCUGUGGUGUUUCCAGGGACAACACGGCUGUAUGGAUACACCGUUUCAAACAUUCCUGAGAAGAUACAACAGAGACCACAAAACCCGGUCCCUGGAUUAGUGGAUCAGCAGACCAGCAGAGACUUGACGCAGCGCUACUGUGCACUGAUGUCCCAGCUGGAGAGGUUUGGGUACAACUGGAAGAUUCAUCCUGCAUUUUGUGAAUUUAUCAUCAACACAUAUGGCAUUCUGAGACAAAGGCCACAGGAGCAGCCCCAACUGGCCUACAAUGAUCCUGUUGCCCUGAGGAAAGUUGCUAUAGAUACAGUCCCUGCUAAAUUCCUACGGGACUCCAUGAUGAUUCUGAACUGCCUCUGUGAGCUCUCUAGGAGUGAUGGCAAGCCGUUAUUUACCUGGUAAAAAUCUCAAAUACUGUUUCACAUGCUUAUUGAAAUGAUGCUCUUCAAUGAAUGUCAAGAUGUUUAUACAAGAACCAAACAAAUAUGAAUAAAAUAAUAAAGUAUGAACCUAACUGUUUUUACAGUUAUUAUUUUGUGGCACAGAGGCAUAGGACAUAGAUUUGUGUGACAGAGACCUGUGUGCACAGAUACCUUUGUCUACUAUCCAAGUACUGACUGUGCUACCUCCAAGCAACACAAGCUGCACAGCAGUGAAGGAAUCAGGUCAAAAAUAAACACUUUACUUAACUACAGUGGACUAUAUAGUAAUAUAUAGUCAUGUCAAAGUGAUUCGUAGUGC